CGUCACGCAUGCCCACCAGCGCUCAGGGGAGAACUUCCGACGUGCGCGUCCACUGAUUUCCGGUCACCUGGAGGUCCCGGUGCACUUGCCGCUGGAGAUGUUGAACCGACGGAUCCUAACGGUCGUCAAAUGCAUUCGGGGUUGUCGCUUAAACACCCACAGAAACGUCUCCACUUCAUGGUCUCCGGUGGGGGCGGCCUUCAAUGCUAGGUCGUGGGGCAAAGUGGAUUUUUUCGGGAAAAAUGUGGGUCUUUUUGGUGUACCUGAGCUGAGCUCCCCAGAAGGAUUUCAGGUGGCUCAAGAAAAUGCUUUGAAAGAAACUGAACAUUUAGUAGAGCAGGCUUGUAUCAGUCCACCUGGUCCCCAGACUGUUCAAAUCUUUGACAAACUUUCAGACUGUCUUUGCAGAGUUGCUGAUUUGGCAGAUUUCAUUAAGGUAGCACAUCCAGACCCUUUGUUUCGUGAAGCUGCAGAGAUUACCUGUCUGACCGUUGGCACAAUGGUGGAAAAACUGAACACUAAUAUUGAACUUUGUAAGAGUUUGAAAAACCUACUGAAUGACAAAGAAACCAUGGAUUCACUAGAUCCAGAUACAAGGAGAGUGGCCGAGCUUUUUAUGUUUGAUUUUGAGAUCAGUGGAAUUCAUCUGAGUGAGGAAAAGCGCAGAAAGGUGGUAAACCUUAAUGUUCAGAUGCUGGACUUGAACAAUAGUUUUCUACUUGGCACUCAUCUUCCUAACAAGAUAUACAGGAAAGCUAUCCCAGAACACAUUCGUCAUCAUUUCUCAAUACAUGAGGAUUAUAUUCAUGUUAAUGGACUUCAUGCAGAUGCACCUGAUGAUUUGGUGCGAGAAGCUGCCUACAAAAUCUUCCUUUACCCCAACCCUGACAUGCUACACUGUCUGGACCAGCUUUUAGCAUGUAGGAACGAGUUGGCACAGUUAGUUGGUUAUGAGAGCUUUGCGCACAGAGCACUAAAGGGUACAAUGGCCAAGGACCCAGAAACCGUGAUGUAUUUCCUCACAAGGUUAUCAGAAAAGCUAACUGAAAGAACUGAAAAAGAUUUUAUUGUGAUGGAAGAAAUGAAGAAAAAAAUAAAUCCAACAAAUUUUGAACUGAUGCCAUGGGACCACUCCUUCUAUAGUGGUGUUGUUCGUGCAGAGAGAUUCAACAUAGAACCUAGUCUUUAUAGCCCAUUUUUUUCUUUGGGAGCUUGCAUGGAUGGAUUAAAUUUACUUUUCACAAAGCUUUUCGGUGUCUCGCUGUAUGCAGAACAACCAGAAAAAGGUGAAGUAUGGUCUGAAGAUGUCCGAAAGCUGGCAGUGGUUGAUGAAACUGAUGGACUUGUGGGAUAUAUUUAUUGUGAUUUCUUCCACAGACCUGACAAACCCCAUCAGGACUGCCACUUUACAAUUCGAGGUGGUCGAUUAAUGGAGAAUGGGGAAUAUCAACUUCCUAUCGUAGUACUGAUGCUCAGUCUGCCUCAUCCAACAAACUCCUCCCCAACACUUCUAACCCCUGGUAUGAUGGAGAAUCUCUUCCAUGAAAUGGGCCAUGCCAUGCAUUCCAUGCUGGGCCGAACCAGAUAUCAACAUGUAACUGGUACAAGAUGUCCUACAGAUUUUGCAGAAGUACCUUCAAUUUUAAUGGAAUAUUUUGCCAGUGACUAUCGAGUGGUGAAACAGUUUGCAAGACAUUACCAGACAGGAGAGCCAUUACCUCAGAGUAUGGUAUCCCGGCUCUGUGACUCUAAGAAGGUUUGUGCUGCUGCAGACCUUCAGCUUCAGGUCUUUUAUUCAGUCUUGGAUCAGAUCUACCAUGGACAAUAUCCCCUACCAAAAUCAACAACUGAAAUAUUAAAGGAAACCCAGGAGAAGUUUUAUGGACUGCCUUAUGUACAAAACACGGCAUGGCAGUUGCGUUUUAGCCACCUUGUUGGAUAUGGUGCUAAAUAUUACUCCUACCUCAUGUCAAGAGCCGUAGCCUCUAUGGUGUGGAAGCAAUGCUUCAUGAAAGACCCACUGAACAGGGCUGUGGGAGAGCGCUACCGCAGAGAGAUGUUGGCACAUGGUGGUGGAAAAGUACCUAUGUUUAUGGUGGAAGACAUGCUUCAGAAGAAACCUUCAAUGGAUGACUUUGUUGAUGCCUUGGUGUCAGACCUGGAUUUAAACUUUGAAACAUUCUUUUUUGAUUCUGAAUAAUUAAAAAAGAUGUCUGCAGGAUGUUUGAAUUACAUUUGUAUCCAUGGAAUAGCUAUAGAAUUUAUACAUGCUUAUGUGUAUAUAAUGUGAUUUAUAAAACUAAUUUCAAUGUCAUAAACAUAUUUUGUAUUGAUUGGAACCUAAUUUAAUUUGUUUUCAUUAAAAUAUGUGCUUUUUUUAACACAUAUU